AUGGAGUUUCCCGACCUCGGCGAACACUGCGAAUAUGAAAAUUGCAACCAAACUGAUUUUCUACCUCUGCAAUGUAAAUGUAAGAAAGUUUUCUGUCGAGUACAUUUCAACGAUCAUUGUCACUCGGGCAAGUGUGAAUUAGCGCCGAAACCUCGUGAAAUAAACUUGAAAAAUGACGAUGACAUAUACAGGUGUUCAUACGAGGGAUGCAAAAAAGGAAAUCUUCACGAAAUGCUUUGCAAUAAGUGUAAUAAACAUUACUGUAUAGAACACAGGUUUCAUGUCACAUGCCCUGAAAUUGAUGAUGAGACUAUGGCAUUUAAAAUUGAACAACUAGAAGCACCAAGAAGACAGUUCCGUGAGGCCAAUAAACAUUUACAAGACAAGAUCACAGAGAACAUAAGAAAAGCCUUACAAUCGUCAGCUAAAGUGAAAACAGCAUCCAAAAUUCAUUUAAUGAGAAUAAAACAAAAGGCAAUUGGUCCGAAAGCUGUUCCACCCAAAGACAGAACAUACUUUGCAAUAAGGAAGCCUACUAACACUGAAGCUAAAUCAGUUAAAAUCGUCAAUGAUAUGGAAAACCUUGUAGAUCUAGGAACAGUAAGCCUAGAUCCAGAUUUAAAAGAUACAGUGCCAAUAUUUAUAAAUGCCAAUUGGAGUCUAGGUAGAGCUAUAGAUAGCGUAUGUGAUACUUGCAAUAUUACAAACAAUAAUAAUAAAAUUGGCAACACAAAGUUGAGGCUCUUUAGACAAUUGGAUGGUUACUGUAUCAGCCCUGUAAAAAUGGAUGUUGAGGUUCAGGAAUUAAUCAAAAAUGAACUUUUAUUGGAAGGAGAUAAAUUGGUAAUGGAGUAUAUUAGUACAGAUGUUCUGAACAGUCUAGAUGAUACUGCGCAAGUGUUUUUAAAUCAAGAACAAAAUUGA